AUGAAGGUAGCAGUAUCCGGGAACGUGAAGGUGACAGCCAAACAAUCCGCCCUCCCCAACAGCGCCCAGGGAAAAGCCGUGACCCGCAAAUUUCGGCAGCACCUCUCCGAGUAUCUGAGGAAUUUGGCCGAUCCGGGGAUUGAGAGGGAGCUGCGCCCCCUCCGACACGACGCCAGGGAGGCGGCCGACGCCGUGUUCAGGCUCAAGUCGGAAAAAGCCGCCAAGGACACGCUGGACAAGGCCGUCGACGAGUUGAAGGAGCGCAAACGGAGAUUAGAAGAGAAGGAGCUGGAACUGGCCCCAUUGGAGGCGUCAUUCGACCGCACAAAACUCGACACCCUCCUCCACGCCUGCCACUUCUAUCGGCCGGCUUUCGGCAUCUAUGGCGCAUUUCCGGGAUUGCUCUACCUGGGCAGUAACGGCUCGAAGAUGAUGGCGAAUCUGAUCGGGUUGUGGGAGGACCACUUCGUUUUCGAGGAACAAAUGCUCCAGAUUACCGCACCGCACAUCACCCCGGAUUGUGUUUUAAGGGCUUCCGGCCACGUGGACCGUUUUGCCGAUUGGAUGGUGCGCGACGUCGGGAAUGGGGAAUAUUUUCGAGCCGACCACUUUGUCAGGGACGCCCUCGGCAAGACAAAAAUCGACGACGAAACGAAAAGCGCCCUGCUGGCCCGGGUGGGAAAUAUGGGCCGCGACGAGCUGUGGGCGACGAUCAAGAAAUACGCGCUGAAGUCGCCGGCCGGGAAUGGCGUCUCCGAGCCCGAGAUGGCCAACCAAAUGUUUGCCGUUCAGAGCGGCUUCUCCGGCGACACAUCCUUCCUUCGCCCCGAGACGGCCCAGGGGAUAUUCGUCGAAUUCAACAAUUUUUUACACGCGAAUAAGGGAAAAAUGCCGUUUGCGAUCGCGCAAACGGGAACGUCCUUCCGGAACGAGGUGAACCCGAAGCACGGCCUAAUCAGGACCCGCGAGUUCCAAAUGUGCGAAAUUGAGCAUUUCCACGAUCCGCUGGACACGAGCCAUCCCAGAUUUGCCGAGGUGCGAGACUCCUUGAUCAACCUCUACACCGAUGAGGCGCAGCAAAACGGCGCGGCGCCGCAAUUGAUUCGUCUUGGCGAGGCCGUGGCGAAGGGCCACAUCUCGAGCGAGACGAUCGGCUACUACCUGGCGCGCACCAAUGACUACCUGCAAAAGAUUGGCAUCGACCCUCAACGGCUCCGCUUCCGCCAGCAUCAACGCAACGAAAUGGCACACUACGCCAAGGAAUGCUGGGACGCGGAGGUGUUCACGAGUUAUGGCUGGAUCGAAUGUGCUGGGAUCGCGGAUAGAGGCACCUACGAUUUGGGGCAGCACUCCGAGGCAACGAACGUCCCGCUAAAAGCCGAGCGCCGCGAUCCGAUUACGGGCACGACUACAAGCUACACCCCGGCCGUCAUCGAGCCGUCAUUUGGAAUGGGGCGGAUUAUGUACGCGCUUCUCGAGCACUCAUUUCGCCAACGAGCGGGCGACGAGUUGAGAAUGUUCGUGUGCCUACACCCCGAGGUGGCCCCCAUAAAAUGCGCCGUCCUGCCGCUCGCCUCGAAUUCGGCGGAAUUGGCCACCGCCACGACCACCGUAUGCCGUCUGCUUCAUCGGGCGCGUAUACCGUACACGGUGGACGACUCGAACGGCUCGAUCGGGAAGCGGUACGCGCGCACCGAUCGCCCCGGGACCCCGUUUGCGAUUACGGUAGACUACGAGACACUCCAGCGGCCGCACACUGUCACCGUACGCAUCGCGUUGAGCCAGCAGCAGGCCAGGGUUAAGCUCGACGCCCUGCCCACCGUAAUCCGGGAUUUGCAUUUCCGGGUGCGCGACGGCCGCUGCGCCAGCGUGAAUUCGGCCUUCUACGUUUCGGCUCGAAGGCCCGACCGGCGGCGUCUCGCUGUGGACGUCGACAAGCUGCUCCCCAUCGGCAUCAUCGUCACCGUCCUGAUGAGCCUCGCGCGGCCCUCCGCUCCGGAAUUGGAAGAAGAUCAGCACCGGAAGAACUUGCUGCUCGCGGAGACGGAAUGGAACAGGUCGAAGGUCAUCGUCGAGCAGUUCUUCCGUGACGAGAAAGAAUUCCUCUUGGGCACUGCGGCCGUGCAGAAGCAACUCCCGCUCGAGCUGGCCAAAAUACACGGCAACAUCCAGCUGAUGCAAGCGCGCCGCUUCACCCGUGUUCCUGCAUCUGGGAGCAGCACCUCCCUCGGCAUCCGAAACGAGCCGACGUGCCUGCAGCGAGCCUGGACGGCCGUCUGCUCGUUCUUUGGAUUCGCGCCCAGGAUGAAGGUGGCGGACGUCGAGUCGCAGGGCGUCUUCGAAGAGAGUGCCCGUCUCGAAGCCGGCGAGCACUCGCCUACUCUGCUCGGCACUGAUUUUCCCCUGGCAAUCGAGAUUCUGAAUGAUGGUGCAGGUAUGGGUUCCAUGAGCGCGGCUACCGAUGCCCUGAGCAACAUCACCAACGCCAUGGCGAAUGUCACGGAAAGCCGAGUGACUUUCGUCAAGAUGUACGAACAAUCCGUGGCCCCCUACGACGAAUUGCGCAAAUUGGAGCGUCGUUCCAUUGCUGAUCUGCGCGUCAGCAAGAAGAUCGUCCAACCGCCAGCUGCGCCAUCCGUUCUCCAGGAACUUGCAGACGGCAUCUGGCAGUUCAUCGACAUCACCGCGGCGAAGAUCGCUGCCCAGUCGUCGACUCCUCCGGCUCCAUCUGAUGCUCCCCCCUCUACCUCAGCCGCCCGCGAGCUCGACGCUAACAAGCUGUUUGAUGGCUCCACCCUGGCGGUCGACGUGUUCCGCGAGGGCGCCAAUGGAAAAUGCGGAGCAAGUAGCACGACCGACCCCCAGAUCAUCACCAGCCCUGCCAAGGCGUGCGGCCAGCUCGAGGAGCAGAGCGUGCUCGUGCCGAACAACACGUCGCCGCCACUCUCCUCCUACCAGAGCGCGACCGCGGUCUGGUCGUCGGUUCCGCCGAGUGCCCUGAAUACGUCGAAUACACAGCGCUCGGCGACCUCAUCCAAGUCGAACUCGUCCACCAACAAGGAUCCGGAGAGGACGAGCAGCAGCAGGGCCAAGCCAGACCACAAGUACGACGACGUGGCCAAGGCCGAGGACAAGCCGCCGAGCGUCGACCAGAAGCCGAAGCGCCAGCGGCUGCCGCCCCCGGGUCCGAACCCGGCUGCUUCACCACCAAUGAAUGGGCAGCGCGAGAAGAAGUUGCUC